AUGACUCCCCCAGCGUAUCAAAAAAAUUUCCAUACAUCUAAUCCCGAAGCAUCAUCAGCAAUCGAUAGAUCAUUACCAGAAUUUGCAGCUGCAGAAUUAACAGAUGAAGAUAAAUAUUUUAAAAAUCAUCAACCACCAAGUUAUUUACCUGAAAUUGAAAAAGAAGUUUUAAAAUUUAUUAAAUAUCAUCAAAAAAAUACAAACAAAAGAAUUGCAUUAGUUACAUCUGGUGGUACUACAGUUCCAUUAGAAAAUAAUACAGUUAGAUUUAUUGAUAAUUUUAGUGCAGGAACAAGAGGUGCAACAUCUGCUGAAUAUUUUUUAGAAAAUAAUUAUGCUGUUAUAUUUUUACAUAGAGAAUUUUCUUUAUUACCAUAUUCAAGACAUUUUAGUCAUUCAACAAAUUGUUUCUUGGAUUUUAUGAUUGAAAAUAAUAAUAAGAUUGAAAUUAAUCCAAAAUUUAGUAAAGAAAUGUUGGAAGUUUAUAAAAAAUAUAAUCAAGCUCAAAUUUCAAAUUCAUUAUUAUUAAUACCUUUUACAACUGUUAAUCAAUAUUUAUAUACAUUAAAAUUAAUAUCAGAAAGUUUAAAAAUUUAUUCAAAUAAAGUUGUAUUUUAUUUAGCUGCUGCUGUUUCAGAUUUUUUUAUUCCACAAUCAAGAAUGCCUCAACAUAAAAUUCAAAGUUCUGCAACACAAGAUGGUGAAUUAGUUAUACGAUUAGCUCAAGUUCCUAAAUUUUUAAGUAGAUUAGUUUCAAAUUGGACUUCUGGAGCAAUGAUUAUAAGUUUUAAAUUAGAAACUGACAAUGCUAUAUUAAUAAAAAAGGCAAAAAGUGCAUUAGAAAGGUAUCAUCAUCAAUUAGUUAUUGGAAAUUUAUUACAAACUAGAAAGAAAGAAGUUGUUUUUGUUUCACCUAUUGAAGAAGAUAAAUGGAUAAAACUAACAGAUGAAGAACUUAAAAAUGGUAAAGAAAUUGAAAGUGAAAUGAUUCCAGCAGUUAUUAGUCUACAUGAUAAAUGGAUAGAAAAGACAUCAAAAUGA